AUGGCUCAACCCGCCGAUGUCGAUCAGAUCACCCAGCUCAAUGCCGCCCGUAACCUCGUCCUGGGCGACGCUGCCUUCUACCCGCAGAUCGUGAACGGCAUCCUCCCCAUCGUGGGAGCUAAUACCCGACUGGAGCUGCGAAGAUGGGGUGCGGACUUCCUAGCUGAAACCUUUGCUAGUCCAGUGCUAGCUGUAGUCCAGAAGGAGCAACUUGCUCCCAAUGUUCUGCAGACAAUCCGUGAAAUCCUAGAGCUACCGGAGAAGGACACUGCGGUGCUCCAGAGCUUAGUGCAAACCUCCGCUAGCUUGUAUCCGCUCGUAUUCAGACAUAUUGUGAACCACCCGGAUGACAGCAAAACAUGGGAAACUAUGAACGCCAUCAAGCAGGUUAUCUUCCGCCAAAUGGACUCUUUUCCAUGCCCCGUCAAAAUUUGCUGCGCCAAAUUCCUACAGCGCGUGGUUCAGGUCCAGACCCCAGGAUUGAUCUCGGACCCCAGGCGACCGGAGCAGAAUGAGACCUCCCUGGCUGUUGUUCCUCGCAACCAUGCUCUUCUAUCAAUCCCGAAUCUGGAAGCUGAAUCAUCGGGUCUGCUUGACCGAUUGCUUGGUGUUUUCCAAGAAGAGACCAGUGAUGCCCUCCUUGUAAAUGCUACCUUAAACUGCCUCGCUCCCCUCAUCCGAACUCGUCAGUCCAUCGCCAAUAAGAUUGUAAAUGCAGUCUUGGAAUUCUACCCUGCAAAGCAUGUCCGCCCUCCUUUUACUCCGACUGUUCGCGUCAGCGUCAAGUCCAUGGAGAGGACAGCACGAGCUCUCCUUAUCAAUAUCUUGAAAAGGAACCCUAACCACCCCAUGGCUGGUAAAAUGCAAAUGUACAUCGAACGCCUGAUGCAAUCACGUCUUGAGGCUCCUGAUGAUGCUUCUCGGAAACGCGGAUUGCCAAAUGAGCCCACUGAUGGACUUGAUAACGCCAAGCGGGCACGACUCAAUGCUUUGACUCCCCCUAUGCUUAAGAUUCCCCCAAUGGCACCAGGGCCCGCAAGCUAUGAUCGACUGUUCACCAUAACCGAAGAUAUCGGAUUGUCCUCUUUCGAUGUGAAGCAGCUUCCAUUCGAUUUAGUACUUAAGAUUGUCGUGCCUCUCUUGACACAGGUCCACGAUUCGACACUCACACAGGCUACUGAGGCAAUUCGUACCCGAUUGCAAACAAUCACCAAGGAACAAAACUUGCAGCGACAGCAACAACAGCAAGCCGCUGCAGCAGAUGAUGACGACGAUUAUGAACCCGAAUAUCAGCCCAUGGAUGCGGCGUCAACUGUCUCUGAGGAAGCUAGUGCCGUUGCGGCAGAAGUAGCAGAUCUCCAGCCAGAGCUCGUAUCCUUGGGUCCAUUCGUCCUGCCUCAGCCACCUCCCUUGAGCGAGGAAGAAGCAGGAGAAAUCGGACGCAGUGCCGUCGCCCGCGUAUUCGGCAUGUUGAAUGCAGCCGAAACAUCUCCGGCGCCCGCCAAGAACCAGAGUCAGCAGAAGCUCGGUUUCUCCCGGCUAGCAGGUAGCACCUUCGAUAGGGACGCAUGGUCUGUUCUUCUUGCUCGUUUGGCUACGCGCGCACCUGCGGGCCUCGAGGAGGAUAACCAGAACAAGACAGACUCAGCCGGACGCAGGCAAACCACCAUUUCUGAUUCAAUUCGCGAGACACUAUAUCGGUAUAUCCUCGAGGAUUUCCGAGGACGACUCAACAUUGCUGUUAUUUGGCUUAAUGAAGAGUAUUACAAUGACCGGAUCAAAAUGAAGAGUGCUGCUAAUCAACGUGCUGGAUCUGAGGAAGAGGCUCAGCCGACUGUUCCUCUCCACUAUGAUACUUGGGUUGUUCGACUUCUUGAUGGUUUCCUGGCUUAUCUUGAUUCUCGUGAUAUCAAGGUCUUGGUUCGCUUCCUCAGUGAAGUCCCUGAGAUCACCAUUCCUAUCACUCAGCGGGUGGCCAGCUUGGCCAAGGAUCCUGAGCGUGUCAACCUUUGCGUUCAAGCUUUGAUGUACUUGGUCAUGUUCCGACCCCCAGCACGAGAGAUGUGCUUGAACACAAUAGAGGAUGUCUACCAGACUUACGAGGAAUCCCAACCUGCCGCUAGGAAGGUUCUUGUCAAGUGGCGCCCAGAAAGUGUAGUACUAGCAACAGCAAAUGGCGCCGCAGAAGAGCCAUCGGCCGCAUCUUCACAGCCUGAAGCCCAGCCUACCGCGGUUGCGGAAUAA